AUGGAGAAUGUGAACUGGUUAACUCCUUUCUACAGUGUUAAAAAUGUAAUCAAGAAAUUAGACGAGUAUGUAGAUGACAUAAAUGCCAAUAUAGAGAAGCUAGGCACUCGUAGUCCUGUGUCUAAAUAUGUUCUUCCAGAUGAGAAUUUGAGGGGAAGAAAAGUUAUUCAUACAGUUGGCCCCAAGUAUGCUGUCAAGUACCAUACAGCCGCAGAAAAUUCCCUUAGCCAUUGCUAUCGGUCUUGCUUAGAGAUCCUAAUUGAAAAUGGACUACAACGUAUUGCAACUGGAUGUAUUUAUACUGAGGCCAAAAACUAUCCUCGUGAGCCUGCUGCACAUGUUGCCAUAAAGAUUGUGAAGAGCAUUCAAGCCUUAAAGGAUUCUCCUUUAUGCAAUGUUGCAAUAGUUCAUUUUCAAGUCUUCUUUUCUUUAACCUUUGCCUGCAGUGGUGAGACAGUUAUUGAUGAAAGGAAAAUCAGAAUAAAACCUUUGCCUGCACCUUCGGUAGCUGAUGCAACUCCUACAACAAUCUCAUUAGAUCUUCCAAUUUCUGAUGUUGGGUUGACUCUGAGCUUGGAAUCCUAUCUCGAUCCUACAUUUAUGUCAUUAAUUAAGGAUCCUGACCAGAGUAGGAUAGAGCAACAGGAAAGGGUGCCCAAACUCAAAGUGAUUUCAAUCGUGCCAAGCUUCUUGGAUGGUGACCUUAGUGGCCCACCACUCUCUGCUGCUGAAGAGUAA